UAUGCUACCAUCUGCCAGGCUAACGGACUAGUCCCUAUUGUUGAGCCUGAAGUGUUGUGCGAUGGAGAUCAUGACAUUGACAGAGCACAGAAGGUUACGGAACAAGUUCUCUCCUUCGUCUACAAGGCUCUUGCUGAUCACCACGUUUAUCUUGAAGGUACUUUACUGAAGCCCAACAUGGCUACUCCCGAAGAAGUUGGUUUGGCUACUGUAACCGCACUGCGCCGUACAGUUCCAGCUGCUGUUCCUGGAAUUACAUUCCUUUCUGGAGGCCAAUCUGAACUUGAUGCCACCGCCAAUCUUAAUGCUAUCAACAAUGCAAAACUGCUGAAACCAUGGAAGCUCACCUUCUCAUACGGACGUGCUCUGCAAGCUUCCGUCUUGAAGGCAUGGCAAGGAAAGGAUGAAAACAUCGAAGCUGCUCAGAAAGUGUUCCUUCACAGAGCUAAGGUGAGAAAGUGUUCUUGUUGUAAGUGAUA